AUGUAUCCAUCUCGGCAACGUGCUCGGCGGCCUGGCCAAUUACGGUACAGGCGUCAAUCCUCCCGAAAUCGAGUCCGGCAUUGUGACGCCAUUCCUACAGCGCAACCGGUCCAAGCCCUUCAACAGAGGGCAAGUCUUACCCGCGACAGCCUGGUUUAUCCGAGAAAUGUCACCGAAAACCCAUUGAUAUCCCCCAUAUCAGACCCCCUUUUCGAAAUCAAUGGCCCACAUGAUCAAGACCUCGGCAAAUAUGAGGGUUUUGAGCGUGCGCCUGUGUUUACACUAACACCUCCGGCGAUUCAAGAGCCGCCAGACGUUUGGUUUUGCUACAUCAUAGCUAUAGAAAAUGCUGUUACCAAGAUGGAAAAGGAAAACGAGAAACAUCUCAAUGCCAUUGCGUUGCUACAUGACGAGCUGAAAUCCAAGGUGACUACGCUUGCUGUUGCCGUCGAAGACACCGCGGCCCUAACGCCAAUUUGGGAUGGAAUGACUGAGUGGGGCCAACAGGAGCAAUGA